UAUUCGUAGUAGUGGGACGAUACCGGAAGUGAAGUCAGAACGGCGGAACCGGGCAUUCACUCAAUGGAAAGUUUAAGUUCUUUCAGUGCGUCGAAGAAGGGCUCAAGCGUGGAUCGGAGUUCCGCUCGCGUGGAAAAUCCGCUUCUUUCGUUAGCUGCGAGGCAUUCCCGCUCGUGACUCGCGCGUGCACGGAAGAAACUCGAAGAACCGGAGAAACUCUCGGUCGACGUCGUUCUUCGAUCGCUCGGAAAAAAUCGCCCUACUGUGUCUGUGCCCCGAAUUCAAAUUGUGUUCUUUCAUGUUCUUCAAAACUGUUUUGCACAAAAUUUAUUUGGACUGAAUCGUGAGAUAUGGACUAUGUUUAGUGCAGACUUUGAUGUGUCAUCUUUCACGAGUAUGGCACAUCUAGAUUAGUUAGAUAACUAUGUAGAUGAAUGUGUUCAGAUGGACAGGUGAUUUAGAUCAAUAGGUGUCUAUCGUUCAGAUGAAUGUAGAUCAGAUAGUCAUGUGGUUAUCUCAGAUUUGUGGUUCAGGUGAACGUAGAUGCAUCAGAUCGUUCAGAUGUAGAUCGUUCAGAUGUAGAUCGUUCAGAUGCAUGUACAUGUAAUUCGAUGACUAUUCGAAUGUAUAUUUCAUAGUACAUCAGAUGAAUAAUACAGAUGAACACUCACACGAUAUGACUUAGAUGAACAUUGAGAUCACAUAUCACUCAAAAGAUCAUUUGAUACAUAAUUCAGAUGAUUCAGAUGAAUGUCUAACUGAUUGUACCACUAAGAUGACUAUAGACAUCUGACUACAUAAUGUAAACUCAUCCAAAUAUCUAGAGCAGAUAAUCUAUCUUCAUCUACGCAUGAACUCCAGAUACAUUCGUAUCAAGAGUCCAUCUAAGUGACCAAAAAUAAACGACGCAAUAAAAAAUAAAGGACAAAAGUGUUCUUGCGUGGAAUAGUAUUAAAAUACCGCAAGAUAACGCGUUAUCUAAAGCGGUAAAAAUAAAGCGUGGCAAAUGUAGUAAAAAAAGGUGAACAAGCGCAAGAUGUUGAAGCGACGUUUUAUUCCUCGUGUUAGUUUCACGGUUGGCGGUUAAUUUUCAGCAUUUUCUGCGAAAUAAGAGAGGAGAUACUUUCACCUCGAUGCCGCGAGUGUUUCUCGACGAUAAACAUCGAUUCGAGUAUCGGGAAAAACGUUCCUCGACGAAACGGUGAUAGAGUGAAAUAGGACAUUGUUCGAGAGCAACGAUAAAUCAGCGAGGCGUGUGACAAAGAGGGUUUAGGUGCAUUCGCGAGAGUAUCCUUCAGAAAUGGUCAGCCAACACGCGAUGGCCACCACGGUUCGAAAAGUUAAGCAGGAGAAUCGUCUCAGGCGGCAAAAUCAAAAUCAAGAUGAGGAGGGACUUUACAAGCCUGUACCACCACCGAAACCGGUGCCGAACAAUCAAAAGACCCAGAACGGCCAACAAGAGAACAGGGUGCAGACGGUAGCCGAGCAAUCAUCGCGGACGACUUCCGGUAUAGAAAGGAACGCCACGUUAGACGACAACCAGCUUCGAAGUUCUGGGCAGAACGUUGCUCCAGAAUACAGGAUGCCACCGCUUUACGGGGAAGAACAGAGCUCGAAUCAGACUCAACAGGCAGCCAAUUUGCAAACUCACAGUAGCAAAUUUCCGAUAGAACGAGAGGUGGUAUUGUCGUCCGGCGACAAGAACUCAAAAAUCCCUAUACUCCACGAGUACAAGCAGCGGACUGCCGGAAGGAUCGCCAUCGCACCGGAUGCGCCGGUCAAGCAACAAGCUUGGGUUCAAGAGGGAAAUCAGAUGCAAGAAGUGAGACAAGAGGGUCAAACGAGGAAUUAUCAAACGUCGGAAUCAUACGCGUCAACGUCGGCUGCAUCGGCACCAAGGACGCCAAAAAUCGAUGAAGAGAAGAGUAAAUCCCUGUCGAGGACGUACCAUACAAUUAAGGACAUGAUAUCCAGUCGUUUCGGGCAGAAUCGUAAGGAUACCGAAGCGGAACCGGAAGCAAGCUUGAAUAACGUCACGGAGGAGUUAAGAAAGUCCAGUAGGAGCAUCGACGAGGAGGAAGCGAAGAAGAAGGAGGGAAUUUAUGGGAAACCACGAGCUCAAGAACCUUCUAUUAAUAUGCAACAGUACCCUAAAAAUGCUUGUGGUCAAUAUGGACACUCGUACAGUUACCUGAGCAAUCAACAGAACGUCCCGCUUCCCGGGCAACUUCAACCGACAUCGCAAAUUCAACCCAAUUUGCCGGGUCAGAGUGCCCAGCUUCACGUGACGCAUCAUGCACCGCCCGGAGGAGUUCAGACGGUCCAUCAAACCCAAGUUCCCGCUUUCGGCCAAUCAGCGACAGGUGGCCAACAGGUGCAAAAUGUUGCCAGGGAAUACGUUGUUCAGGGACCAUCUGGAUUGCCAAGUCAGCAAUUGCAUCAGGGACUACAUCAGAAUUCUCAGAACCAGGGCCAGAACUCCCAAAUGCAGAAGGCCCACGGUCUGCCCAUGCAGCAGCACCAGGUAGGGAACACGAUGCAACCGAACCAGAACUUCCAAAGUCCGCAACAGCUGCUGCACCAGAAUCAGAGCCACCAUCAGAGUCCCCGAUUCGCGCAACAGCACGCGCAGAACAUGCAUCAACGUCAGCUGAUCCAACAGAUGCACCAGCAACAACUUCAAAACCCGCCGUCGGGUGUGAGAAAUGUGCAGCAGAGCUACUUCUCGAACAACGUGUCCUAUCAGCAGUAUCAGCAGGCCAGACAGGCGAUGUCAAGGUCGCAGAUCGAUCUGCCGAGCACCUCCAGACAGACCCAAGAGCUGAGACUGUCCGGCCAGGAGGUGUAUUACCAUUACGCUCAAGGUCGGGCGAGGUACGGAGUGCCGCAGGUGUACAUGAAGACGGAGAACAACCAGGAGGUGGAGUUCCAGCGGAGGAACUCGACUAAAGGUAUCGAGAAGGCGGCCUCGCAGCCGCAGCUGUGCUACGAGGACGAGAGGGUGAACGAGCAGCCCAGGAACCCCGACACCAUGAAGACCCUUACUGUGGACCCUCUAGACAAGGAGAGGUACGAGAUCACCGUCGAGGACAGAGGACUAGGCGAGUUCGGGAGGACCGACUCCCAGAGGAAGGACGAGUACCGACCGGAAACCAGCUUCGGCAUCAGAAGAGACGACGCGGUCAGGUGCUCCAAGAGGGAACAGGAAGCUCCAGCGCAAGAGAAUCAAGAGUCGGAAGCUACUUCCGUUCAGAAGAGGAUCGAGGAGCUCCAGAAACGGGCAGAGGAGAGUCACUAUGGCGCCAAAGUGUCCAAAGAGGGAGAUGUGGAUGGUGCUAGAAAUUGUCUGAAGUCUGUGGAUACGAAGAGGAAUGAGAGUCAGUACCCCAAGGAACCAGGGAAAACGGAAGCCAGGAAGGACGAGCUGGAACAUGGGAUUGGCAGACUCAAGAUCCAGAAUCAGGGGUCGGGAUCGGAUUAUGAUAAGGCUGGACAGAGUAGCUCCAAUGUCGACUCUGGCAGAGGGUCGGCUGUCUACUCUAGUGGCAGGAGACCACCCCCUGAGGACCAGACACAUCCUCCAGUACAAGACUCAGAGUGGGUGGACAUCGUUGAAUCAGAGCUGAGAAGCAUUCUAGAACCACGAGAUGUUCCUGCAAUGGCGCAUUCUACUUUAUCUGAAAGUGUAUCAUCGGUAACACCACCCCUGCCGCCGCUUUCGCCCCAUGAAAGUCCCAGAACACCGAGAAAUCGAUACUCGGCGAGCUUACCAUACGGAUCGAAACCUAAUUACAGCGAUUACAGCAAGGUCAUGGAGAAGAGAGUAUUCUCGGGCAAUUCGAAACAUCGCGGUGCCUCCACGUCCAAGAAAGAGACUGCCAAGAAAUUCUCCCAUCUUUUUGGAGUGGAGGCUGCAGAUCUUACGUCGACGACCACGGGACUCGAUUUGGACUCCAUGUUGGAUAGGAGCGACUCGGAUCUUAGUACGAAUGAUGCUAGGACUAUUAGGAAGCAGUUGGAGGGACUGGAAAAUAUGUAUAGCGAGGUGUUGAAACUACUGGGUGGAAGCGUGAAGAAAAAACGAAAGGCCCGGGGCCUAACUAGUUACGGUUCGGUCUCCUCGUUGCCAACGUCGUCCGUUUCCUCUAGGCCUGUCACCAGGCACCACGACAAACGCAGGUCCCACGUUAUCGAUGAUAGAAUGAAGAAAGCCAAAGACAUCAAGAGUAUCAAUAAACGCUUCCAGCGAUUGGAGUCGCAUGUGGUGACACUGGCGAGGUCAGUGGCACACCUGAGCUCUGAAAUGAGGACGCAGCAUCUGAUGAUACAGGAAAUGGAGAACAUAAGGGGCGAGAUUGCUGCACUCAGGACACAAACGAGUAUGGCGAUGGUGAGAUCACAAUCCCAGCCACUAAUCAAGGACUCCGAAUUGCCAGCCCUUUCCAAUCCUUCGAGGGUGAAAAAGCUCACCAAGUUCUUCGGAACAGAACCACCCCUGAUACGAUUAUUCCUCAGGGAACUUGGGUAUGAGAAAUACGCGGCGGCGUUCGAAAAGGAAAAAGUUGGAAUGGUGGAACUUCCGUACCUAAGCGAAGAAAGGCUGCAAAAAAUGGGCGUACCUCUGGGGCCGCGGUUGAGGAUUCUUCAGGAGGCACGAAUAUCAGUAUGCAAGGAUCCAAUUUACGUUGUGUGAAUUUCAUAAUAUGUACAUACACUUCUGAAGAGAAGUCUAUCCAAUCGAGUGAAAGAGAAUAAUAAACAUGAACGUUGGGGAUUUUCAAGGACACCUAGAAAUAACCUCUCGAUAAACAUUUGUUUUUUUUUGAAGGGAAGUAUCGAAGUCCUAAAGUGUUCGAACAAUUAUUGUUCAACUUAUUGUUUAAAGAAAAUUAUGCUGCCGUGGAAAAUAUACCACUCGGAUAUAUUCUUAACUUUUUGUACUUUCUUUAUGUUUAAUUUAAACAUGCGGUUAUUAUGAUGCUAGUUUUAUAGUAAUUAUUCUAGGGAUAUUACUCAUGGAAUUGUUUCAUUUCGUUUAUGUAAUUUAUUAUAAAUUAUUAGCGAACGUCGUUGUGAGGAAAGGUAAUUCUAUCGUUCGUUUUCAAAUUUCCCGCCAAGCUUCCCGCCAAAUUUCAAAUUUAAAUGUUAAACGAAACCUAAAUUAUCUUUUGUUGGUGAAAUAGUUUAUGUAAUUUACAUGUCUGAAAACAUUUUGAUCUGAGAAAAUUAAGGAGGAAAUUGUGAAUUUCCUAAUUUCAAUUUAAAUAAAUAAUGUUAGUAUAGAAACUUCGGUUUACAGCGUUUCAACCAAAAAUUACAGCAUGCUAGUAAAUAAUAUUUUUGUUAAAAGCUAUCGAUCUUAUAUUUUACUAGGCGAAUGCUUUCUAUAAUUUAUGAACCGAAACCUAACCUUAAUGUUAAUAUUAUCGUGUAUAUUAUAUUAUUAAUAUACAUCGUGUUAUCUCUUAUAGUUUAUUUCCCGUUUGUGCGACUGCACUCCAAUAAAUAUUUCUACAAUUAGGCUUUUUGGAAUAAUUUUAUAAAUGGUGCAGUAACAAAAUGGGUUUCCAUAAAUGAAUCAACGUGUACAUACUUACAGAGAUAAUGUACUUUACCAUUUUUGAUAAGACUUUA